AUGGCUAACACCACUACACUUCCUUCCUUCGUCGAGCUCAUGGCUUCCCUCGGUUUGGAUCAGGCCCAGGACCGCUCCCCUUCAUCGUCCCCUUCAUCUUCACCUCGUGCUACACCACCUUCACCUUCAAAGUCUCGCUCAAAUCCUUCUCUCCGCGACUCAGCUGCAUCUCGUAACCGCCUUGCCCGCUAUAACCCGUACUCCCCGAAGCUGUCUGAACGCCGAGGCAGUCUGUCCUCAUUAUCCUCGUCUUCUUCAUCUGACUACGAGCGCCCUAUCGUACGGGCAUAUUCGACUUCACCACACCCACCUUCCUCUCCCCGUGCCCGCAGACGGCAUGGCAACAAGCUCACUGUGAACGUUUUCGGCUCCAAUUCAGACUUGGCUGCCAACACCCCCAUCUCAAGUUAUGUGCGCCGAAAGACCCCUGGCGCAUCACCAACUUCGCCCACCUUCCCUCGGGAAGCGCUUGAUUACUCUCCUUCAUCGUCACCCAUGCCUUUCAGCAUACCCACUCUACCGACCCUUUUCCCUAGAUCGGCGAGCUCAGAGUCCUUCCCACUCACUCCAAAUUCGGACAUCUCUUCGACCAACAACUCCCCGAACCCUGUCACCAAACCUCUUCCUGAUGAAGAGCGGUUAUAUUUCCAUCGCACCUACCAUACCGGCGUACGAAUCUCGUCGCCACCCAUGUCAGAGGGUCGCUUUCCACGCGCCCAGUCAUGA